CGUGGCGCAGCAACCACCAGCGGUCAUAGAAGGCGACGAAGGUCCGGUCGAUGUUCUUGAUUUAGUAAUACAUUUCCCUCUAAACACACACACACAGCUCGGCCAUCGGCCAUGGGAGAGUCUUCAAUCGAAGGUGCUUCGCUUCCAUCAGGGCCGGAUGCAAAGAAGCGUAGGGUGACCUACUUCUACGAGCCAUCGAUUGGCGACUACUACUACGGACAGGGUCACCCGAUGAAGCCCCAUCGGAUUCGCAUGGCUCAUAGUCUCAUCGUCCACUACUCCCUUCACCGCCGUAUGGAAAUCAACCGUCCCUUCUCGGCCGCUCCACUCGACAUCCGCCGAUUUCACAACGACGAUUACGUCGAUUUCCUUGCCUCCGUCUCUCCAGAGACCCUUCACGAUCAUACUCACGCUCGUAAUCUCAAGCGUUUCAAUGUUGGUGAGGAUUGCCCAGUCUUCGACGGGCUAUUCCCUUUCUGCCAGUCUUCUGCUGGAGGAUCCAUCGGGGCUGCAGUUAAAAUCAAUCGACAAGAUGCCGAUAUCGCGAUUAACUGGGCUGGAGGUUUGCAUCAUGCUAAGAAGUCAGAGGCGUCGGGUUUUUGUUAUGUGAAUGAUAUCGUCCUCGGCAUACUUGAGCUCUUGAAAGUUCAUAAGCGUGUGUUAUAUGUGGACAUUGACGUCCACCAUGGAGAUGGAGUUGAGGAGGCAUUUUAUACGACUGAUAGAGUGAUGACUGUGUCAUUUCACAAGUUUGGCGAUUUCUUCCCUGGAACUGGGCACAUUAGAGAUAUUGGUGUAGGGGCUGGAAAAUCGUAUGCCUUAAAUGUUCCCUUAAAUGAUGGGUUAGACGAUGAUAGCUUCCGCAGUUUAUUCCGGCCUAUCAUGCAGAAGGUUAUGGAGGUUUAUCAGCCAGAGGCAAUUGUUCUUCAAUGCGGUGCAGACUCCCUUGCUGGAGAUAGACUUGGAUGCUUCAAUCUGUCUGUAAAAGGCCAUGCAGAUUGCCUUCGUUAUCUUAGGUCCUUCAAUGUACCUCUUAUGAUUUUAGGUGGUGGAGGUUACACUAUCAGGAACGUUGCCCGAUGCUGGUGUUAUGAGACUGCAAUUGCAGUUGGGGUGGAACCUGAUAAUAAGUUGCCUUACAAUGAGUAUUAUGAGUACUUUGGCCCAGACUACACGCUUCAUGUAGAGCCAAGCCCUAUGGAGAAUCUGAACUCACCCAAAGAUUUGGAAAAAAUAAGGAUCAUGCUACUUGAGCAACUUUCAAAAUUGUCUCAUGCACCCAGUGUGCAAUUUCAGAAUACACCCUCUUCGAUGGAAGGCCCUGAAGAAGACGAGGAUGAAGACAGUAAAAUGGAUAGAAGACCCAAGUGUCGCAUAUGGAAUGGUGAUGAUUAUGGAUCUGACGCCGAUGAUGACGAGGACCAUCCUCCAAGUAAACGAUUCAACUCUGGCUUCCAGCAACAACAAACAUCCAUGGAUGUAACAGAUGGAGUCGAAGAUGAAAACAUGACGGAAUAGAGAACUUGGAAGGGAGGAAGCUUGUUUUGGAAUCCCCUGGUUGAUUUUGGACACAUACAUACUACAAAUUGCCCUCCCUGUCAGUUUUUUAUAAUUUUUAUUUUCUCCCUUUAACUUUACUUUGGCAAGUUGGUUGGAGAUGGAUGGAUGGAUGGAUAUAGGGGGAGUGGAAUAGGGAUUUAACUUUCUACAUGUUAUGGUAAGAAAGCUCUUUGUAUUAGUCUCUUUUAUAUUAAUGUGUACAUGUAGAUUACUCUUGAGGAGGAUGUUGCAGUUAAAGCACUGAUGUUUUUUUUUUUAAGUUAAUAUUGCUUUCAAUUUCUUUCA